AUGCAAAUAAAUGAUGAUGCAUCUCGCUGUGGGAGGCGCAUGGGGCUGUGCGUCGUUCGCUUAAAACAAGGCGAUCCCUCUAUAUACGGUCACUCUGAAGAGGUACUUUUCUUCCGCGCGCAAGGCUUCGAGCCCCUCCUCGUUUCAGGCAUCUACUUUGCCUUGGGAAUCGGCCAACGUUCGGUGGUAUCCCGCUCACGCACCGCGGUGUAA